AUGAUGCUCAGCUUGGCAGAGGAGGAAGAGGAGAACCCUUUGAGCUUUUCCACGAAGGAUGUCGAGUGCAUCCCCAAAGAGACCUUCUGCAAAAGACUGCCGGAGCUCAAUUGGAAGGCCGGGCACGAAGAACUCCUUUUCUCGGUUCUGGAUAUGGACAAUGAUGCCCUCUUGAAGCCACACUGCUUGCGUUGGUUGGGCAUCGAGCUGAAGCGUCUCCAAAAAAAGCGUUCCGCGAAAGCAAGCACUGUCAAGAAGAAGCCUUCUGGACUCCAGCAAAAUAUGAUGGAGCAAGAGCUGCUGGAGUUUAAAGAGGACCUCCGAAGAAGGUUCGGUGGUGGUAACCUCACCCGUGCGUGGCGUGUGGCGCUCUCCGACACGAGCGUGCUUCCGAGGCCUUCCAGAGGCCAGAAGCAGGAUGGCAAAAGGUCCACCCAGGCCUGUGCCAAGAUGGGAUAUGCCAAGAAGGGCAAAGACCUCUGGAAGAUGCUAGACAAAACUAGCAGCGGCUUCGCGUCCAUAGACGAGAUCGACCCGAAGACCUCGCAGGUGUUGGCCCACUUCAAGAAGUUCCUGGAUGAGCGCUUCAAAGAUUAUCAUGCGGCCUUUGAGGAGCUGGACCUUGACGGCAUCCGUAAGAUCCGCCAGCGUCAGUUUCGCGAGGGUCUGCUAAAGCUACGCUUCCCCUUCCACAAGCAGGCAGCCACGCUCUUUGCGGCCUUGGAUCUGGAUGGCAACCACGUGAUCGAUGAGGACCUUUAA